UCUUCUUCAUCGUCGUCGUCUUCGUUGUUGAUAUUUCGUAGUUGUUCAUCUACAAACAAGACUGCCGUAAUUUGAGAUUUUCGUUAUUUGUUUGAAAUUGUGUAGUGUUCGUCUUCAUCGUCGUUGUUGUUUGCCAUACAUAGUUGAGAUUGGUUCAUUCGAUCAUUCAACAUUUAUUCGAUCAUAUUCGAUUAUAAAACACCGGAUUAAGUCAUUAAGAAAAAUAAUAUACACGAACACGUACACAUAAAAUAUGUUUUUCAAUCAUCAUCUGAUUAUUACGUUAACUAUCGUUUUGGCCAUUGGCCUUGUGAAACAAUCGGAACAAACAGAUGCAACAGCACGGCAAUUUUGGCGACCAGGCGGUAUACCAUUAUUCAAUGCAUUACGUUUACAGAAUACAGCAUGUUCGGCUGAAAGUGGUGAAGCUGGAACAUGUAUGUCGGAAGCUGAUUGUAAAACACGUCAAGGUUUCAGUGUAGGAACAUGUGGUCGUAGUGGUCUGGUCUGUUGUAAUAUGAAAUUUACCUGUGGUGGCAAGACAGCCAAAAAUGAAACAUUAUUUGUUAAUCCAUCAUAUCCAGCCGGUGAAAAUGGUACAAAUACAUGUCAGGUGACCAUUCAAAAUAAUCCGGGUGUUUGUCAACUUCGAUUGGAUUUGGAAGAAUUUUCUUUAGCUCAACCAGAUGAAUAUGGUCGUUGUACUAAAGAUUCUUUUAUGGUCCGUACAACUGUUGGUGAACGAUUACCAAUGCUUUGUGGUGAUAAUAAAGGUCAACAUCUAUAUGUCGAUAUGGGUCGUGGUUCAGCUAAUCCAGUCGUAUUGUCUGUCAUUACAAAUGAAUUGGAAAAUGUUAGCCGUAAAUGGAAGAUUAAAAUUUCGUUCAUCAAAUGUGACAAUUAUGUUAUGGCUCCAUCCGGUUGUUUACAAUAUUAUCGAUCUCCAUCCGAUGUGAUCCGUUCGUUUAAUUAUGGACCAAAAAUUGAUGGUCGAUCCCGAUAUUUGGCUAAUCUCCGAUAUACGACCUGUAUUCGUGUUGAAGAAAAUUUCUGUGCCAUUAAAUGGACAACGGAAACACCGGAAUCAUUCUCUUGGGGUAUUUCCAAUGAUCCAAUGUAUACAUCACAGGCAAACAUUAGUUCAUAUGGAUUAACUGGAUCAUUAUGCAAUGAUGAUGAUUUCAUUGGUAUUGAUCAAGGUUCACAGGAAGGCAGCGGUGUUGGUGAAGAUCGAUUCUGUGGUGAUCGAUUAUUCUAUAGUAAUUUGGUCAUUUCUCGAUCAAAACCAUUCCAAUUGAAAUUGCGUUCAAAUAGUGAUCAAACAGAAAAUGCUCGUUUCUCACAGAAUGGAAUAGCACUUCGAUACACACAAUUACCAUGUGUAAAUUGAUAAAGUGAUUCUGAUACAAAAAACAACAACAACAACAACAACAACAACAACAAAUUUUAUGGUGAACAAACAAACAAACAAAACAAAAAGA